GGCACCGGGAUCGGCACCGGGAUCGGCACCGGGAUCGGCACCGGGAUCGGCACCGGGAUCGGGACCGCCGGCGGCGGUGCGCGGGCGGCGUGGCCAUGACGGCGGAGGAGAAGCGGAACCUGCGGUGCUACAGGCGCUACAUCGAGAGGAGCCUGAACCCCGUGUACGUCCUCGGCAACAUGACGGAAUGGCUGUCCGACGAGGUGAAGGAGAGAGUCCGAAAGGAGGAGGAGAAGGGCGUGACGGCGGCCGCUGCGCUGUUCCUGGAUGCCGUGCUGCUGCUGGAGGCGGAGGGCUGGCUCCGGGGCUUUCUGGAUGCCCUGGUUGCAGCAGGUUACACUGGACUGGCAGAAGCAAUUGAAAACUGGGACUUCAGUAAACUGGAAAAACUGGAGCUGCACAGGCAGCUGUUGAAGCGGAUAGAAGCAACAAUGCUAGAAAUUGAUCCUGUAGCAAUCAUGCCCUACAUAAACACAUGCCUGAUAGAGAGGGAGUGUGAUGAGAUCCUGCAGAUCAGUGAGUACAGAAGCAAAGCGGCCGGGAUAACUAAACUCAUUGAAUGCCUCUGUCGCUCGGAUAAGGAAAACUGGCCCAAAAGUCUUCAGCUGGCAUUGGAUAAUGCAGGAUAUUACAAUGCAAGUGAACUGUGGAAUAUAAGAGAAGAUAAUGGCAAAGAUGUUGAUGGCGAAAUGACAGAUGCCUCUGAGAAUUACUUUGAAACCAUGAUGACAUUUUCUGAAGAAGCAGAAUGUGAUAAUCUGAGCAAAAAUCUUUCUUCAGUUUCAGAAAGCAUCUCUGAAUCUUCAUCUCUUUAUGAACCAAAGAAGGCUCGGAGCUACCAGAUUGAGCUUGCACAGCCUGCUAUUGAUGGGAAAAACACAUUGAUUUGUGCCCCCACAGGAUCUGGAAAAACUUUUGUGGCACUUAUGAUUUGUGAAUAUCAUUUGCAAAACGUUCCCUCAGGACGAAAGGCAAAAGUUGUCUUCCUUGCAACCAAAGUGCCAGUGUAUGAGCAACAGAAAAAUGUAUUCAGGCAGCAUUUUGAAAGAAGUGGAUACUCUGUUCAAGGAAUUUGUGGUGAAACAGUUGCAAGUAUCUCUGUAGAAAAUGUUAUACAGGACAGUGACAUCAUUGUGCUAACCCCCCAGAUUCUUGUGAAUAGCAUGGAGAAAGGGAUCCUUAGCUCCCUCUCCAUCUUCACUCUGAUGAUAUUUGAUGAGUGCCACAACACUACAGGCAACCACCCUUACAACGUGUUGAUGACCAGAUACCUGGAUCAAAAAUUUGACUCCUCUGCAAACCAGCUGCCUCAGAUUGUAGGUUUAACUGCUUCUGUUGGAGUUGGUAAUGCCAAGAGCACUAAUGAAACUGUAGAGCACAUCUGUACCCUCUGCUCCUACCUUGACAUACAGGCCAUAUCCACUGUCAGAGAAAACAAACAAGAUCUGCAGAGGUUUGGAAACAAGCCAGAAACACAUAUCAGAUGGGUUAAAAUGCGAGCUCAGAAUCACUUUGCAGACAUUAUCUCAGGUCUGAUGUCUGAGACAGAGGUGUUGAUGAGGAAGAUUUACUCAGUGGAUACCAUCUCCCAUAUCAACAAGAAUUACUUUGGAACACAGAGAUAUGAACAAUGGAUAGUUUCCACUCAGAAGAAAUGCAGACUAUUGCAACUGGAAGAUAAGGAGAAGGAGAGCAGUAUUUGUAGAGACCUUUUCAUUUGUACUGAACACUUGCGUAAAUUCAAUGAUGCUCUCAUUAUCAGUGAAGAUGCCCGCAUCGAAGAUGCUUUAGCCUACCUAAAUGAAUUUUUCACAAAUGUGAAAAACGGACCAUUUACAGAGUUAGAGAAGCAGCUGACGGAGAAAUUUCAAGAGAAAGAACUAGAGCUGACUGCCCUUUCAAAAGAUGAGUCAAAUGAGAAUCCAAAGUUGGAAGAGCUUGCUUGCAUCCUGGAUGAAGCAUACCACUAUAACCCACAGACUCGCACUAUUCUCUUUGCCAAGACAAGAGCCUUAGUAGCUGCUUUGAAGAAGUGGAUAGAAGGAAACCCUCUUCUUAGCCACAUAAAGCCAGAUGUGUUGAUGGGUAAGGGAAGAAGAGAUCAGAAAACAGGUAUGACCCUGCCAAUGCAGAAGGGUGUACUAGAUGCGUUCAGAAAUGACAAAGACAUCAGACUGCUAAUUGCUACAUCUGUUGCUGACGAAGGCAUUGAUAUUACUGAGUGCAACCUUGUGGUGCUCUAUGAAUACUUCGGUAAUGUCACCAAAAUGAUCCAAGUCAGAGGUCGAGGAAGGGCAAGAGACAGCAAGUGCAUCCUUGUGACAAGCAAAACAGAAGUGGUUGAGAAUGAAAAACUAAACAGUUACAAGGAAGAAAUGAUGAAUGCAGCUAUUGAAAAGCUACAGAACUGGGAUGAAACAACAUUUGCAAGAAAGAUAUAUGGCCUGCAAAUGAAGGAAAAGAUGCUACGAGAUUCCAGGAAGAAUGAAACAAAACAUGAAAUAGUGGAAGGGAAAAAAAAUCUCUUGUGUGGAAAAUGCAAAGCAUAUGUGUGCAGUACAGAUGACAUCAGAAUUAUAAAGGAAUCUCAUCACACUGUCUUAGGUGACGCAUUCAAGGAGCGUUAUACAACAAAGCCCCACAGGAAACCUCGUCAGUUUGAUGGUUUUGAGAAAAAAAGCAAGAUGCAUUGCCGAAAUACUGAGUGCCAGCAUGACUGGGGGAUCAUAGUGAAGUACAAGAUAUUUGAUAACCUACCAGUGAUCAAAAUCAGAAGCUUUGUACUAGAGGAUGUUGGAACUGGGACACAAAUGGAUUUUCAGAAAUGGAAAAGUAUUAAUUUGUCUUUGAAGAAGUUUGAUGAGGAAACAUCCAGCUGAACUCAACAUUUUAAUGGAUAUAUUGUUCUAGGAACUAUGCUGAAAUAGCAGGAAUGAUCAAUGAUCAAUUUUCUAUAAAAACUUUCGUUCUUUAUGCUAGGCCCCUCACCCACAUCUGGCUAGAUUAUAAAAGGCUGGUAAAGCCACUAAAACCAAUAUCUGCUAUAUAAUGAAAUAUUUCACUAGAAGUUUCACUAGAAGGACAAAUAUAUGCCUAGGUGUCUAGAUACAAAUAAUUAUGCCUAUGAGCAACCCGGUCUGAAAAAGAAUAAGAUAAAGUUGAAUGACUAACUAAACAUCCAACUUCAGGUAACAGGCUACAUCUUCAAGAAUUAAGGUGUGAGUCAGCAUCUUCUUUGUUACUACUAAUGUGUUGUUGGAUUGCACAUCCUUGCGAACAACAUGGCUUACUAGCACUUCAGGCAGUACUGUAGCUACUUUUGAAACUUUUUAAAAACUUACUUUUAAUGUUCUAGAGGUUGAUAUAUAAAAUUGAAUGAAAAUUGUCCAGUAAAUUUUCUGUAAGGAAGAUACUGCAUCUCUUAAAUGUAACUUUAAUAGGAAAUGCUUCUGCAACAGUAAAAAAUGCAGUAGGGCAGAGCCCUCUUGGGGAUUCAUCCUUAUGAUUAAAAUGGUAGCACUUUUUUAUAUCACUCCACCUUGAUCAAGUUGCUGUUGCUCAAGUUGCAGAAUGGGCACCCUCCUGUGCUGCUCAACUGAACAAGUCAUAAUAGGGACGAAGUGCCCUGGAUCAUGGGAGGAGGUUCAGUUUUGAUGGGGAUUAGCACUUACCUGGAUGCCCUGUUUCAUGGAUUGUCACCUAAAGACACUGGAAAUACUGUAAGCUUCCUGUCAGAGCUGAUCUAGCAUUCUUACAAAGUCUAGGCAUUAGUGUGUUCAAAUCUGUCCUCUUUACCCAGAUCCCAGACUUCUCUGGGAAAAACAAACUCCUAGAGAGUUACGAAAUGUUGUACUUGAACACUUAAAAGCACCUGCUGAUUCCACAUAUCUUGAAUGAGCUUGGUAUUCAGUAUUUCUGGUACCGAAAACAAAUGUAUUUUAAGUUCACUUUGUGUAUUUGACAAUGUCGUAAGAUAUGUAUGUGCAAGAAUUGUGUUACAAAACACCAGAACUGAUUAAAAAAUCCCAAAACCAAAACAGAACCCCCCCACCCCAAACAUAAUUUAAGAGUUAAAAAAAAUGAACCUAAAUUUAUGAGUUAAAAAAUUAAUUUAAACUGCCUAAAUCCUACUCAGUGAGGCUUGUGGUGUUCUUGUAAAGUGUUGUGUGGCAUUAAAAGCAAAAGAACUUUGUAAGCACUGCUUCAUGUUCCACCUCAAUCCAAGGCUUUUACUGUGAAAGCUGUAUGCACUGUACAGGAAGGCUGAAUCUCAGUCCUACAGUAACUUCCUCUGUACUUAGUUUUUACCUAAAAGGAAACACAGAACAAUGAAUUAAGAUGAUUUAUGUUUAGAUAAUGCCUCCCCUCCAAAAAUACUAGGAACAAAAUACUUUUGAAAAAGGCUGAUUUAGCACUGUCAGAUUAAAAGUACAUGGAAAAAUCACAGUUCUUAAGUGUCAAGUUGCUCUCUGAAAGGACCAUCUGCUUUGGGACUCUUGGCAUAAAAAACAUUAUCAGUCCAAAAUUCUAGUUCAUAGUAGUAACUACUGGGCAGUUGAACUUGAAACAUUUUGAUAUUUGCCUAUUCUUUAAACACAAGGAUUUCAGACUAAAACUUUGCAAUUCAGCCUAAAUGAGUACUAAAAGGUUGAUGGGAUAACAUAUUAAUAAGAAUUCAGCUUGAUACAAGAAGCCUUUCCUUCAGCACACUGCUUCAGUGAAGGUGGGAGGGUGGGGAAGAACACCAGCACUCUUUGGCCUUUGAGAAUAUCUUAUUUUUAAAAAAAAACCUGAAGCUGAAGUUGCAUAUUUCUUACUAAGAUUACUACCAUAUUAACUAUGUUCCCAGAAUCAUAGAACAGCUAUGGUUGGGAGGGAUCCCUAAAGGUCAUCUUGUGACCCAGGACAAUGUCCAAAUGUCCGAACAGCAUCUGAACAUCUCCAAGGAUGGAGACACCACAACCUCUCUUGGCAAUCUCCUCCCUCUGGCGCUUGGUCCCUCAGAGUGAAGAAGUGUUUCCUGUUGUUCACAGGGAACAUCCUGUGUUUCACACUGUUUGAGCCCACUGCUUCUUGCUCUGUCAUUAAGCAUCACUGAAAAGAGCCUGGCUGCAUAUUCUUUUGUGCCCUCCAUUCAGAUAUUUGUACACAAACAGCAGAGACAUCCCUGAGCCUUCCCAUCACUGAACUAAACAGACCUGGCUCUCAGCUUCUCCUCAUGAGAGACACUUCAGACGCUGCAACAUUGUGGUGGGCCUCUGAUGGAUUUACUAGAGGAGCCACAAUCAAGCAAUAGCCUUUUUCAGGUACAGUGCAGUCUUUGUGCCCUCCUGAAAUCUCUUCUUUCAUAGUUCUUUUAAUAGUUGUUUUUUAUCCAGAAACAGCUAGACCUGACUGCACUAAAAACACGUUAGGAAAUUACUUUGAAGUAAUUUUUCCACUAUGUUAAUUGUUGUGGUGGCUGCUGUAAAUACAGUUAAGAAUGAGAAUUGUUUAUCUCUGAGUAAGAGUAGUUAGUUAUCCCUGUAAAUAUAUUCACAUGACAAUGUUGACUGGGCAGUCACUGACUGCAUUGAGUGCAUGAAUGUAAUUACUGGUUGCUAACCGAGACAGAAAUUGCUGACGAGGAUCUUGAAAGUGUGGAGAUUGUCCUCUUGAUGGCACAAAACAGAUGGAAUUGUAUCAUACCAGUAUUCUGUUAGGUUACAGAAGACUGCCAGUAUCUGACAGUAUUUGUAUUCAUUCUAGCUCAUGCAAUCUUGUCAAAGAAACUAGAAUUAAAAGAAAUGGAAAGUCAAGACUCAUAUGAUUCUGUUCCUACAGGGACAAUGAGAAGAGUGAAAGUCAGAGUUUUGCUCUGCAUCACAACACUAAGGAUAAAAUGACAGAACCACCAAACUUUUUAAAAAUAAAUUUAAUUUUAUCUAUUAGAAAUAUCCCCAAUAAGUCCACCUUUCCACAAAGGCUUAGAUUUUAAACAGAGUUCACAUUUUUUAAAAUGAAUAAACAGCUAAAUAAUUUUAAUAUUAGAUUCAGAUUUUGUUUAACUGAAUAAGAAAGCAAGUCAGUGUCAGGUAAUCAGGAAGGAAUAAGAAUGUUUUUAUACUGUCAGUUAAUUUCUAGAUCACUGAUAUGAGCAUAGAACUUUGAACUUCAGAGUCAAACAAAGUGGAUCAAAUACAUGAAAUCAGCAUGUGAUCUUCAAUGGUUCUACAGAUGCCAGCAGUAUUUUAGUGACUUUUGCAGUGUAUUCUAAGGUAAGUCAAGCCAACUGCCAUACAAAACAGUUAAUAAAUGCUGUUUACUUGAUAUGGGUGUGUCCAGUUUCCUGAUACACCAAAAAAUUCAGCACUGUAAACAAGCCUUCUAAUACAAUCCACAGAAAAAAAUUGUUCAUUUUAUGGUUCACACUUUGAAAUGCAGGAUUACUAUAGUUUCAUUGUGCUCAGGAGAAGCAGGU